AUGGGCCGCUACUCCGGCAAGACAUGCCGGCUGAUCUUCAUGCUGGUGCUCACCGUGGUCUUCUUCGUGGCCGAGCUGGUGUCUGGCUACCUGGGCAACUCCAUCGCGCUGCUGUCCGACUCCUUCAACAUGCUGUCGGACCUGAUCUCGCUGUGCGUGGGCCUGAGCUCGGGUUACAUCGCGCGGCGCCCCACUAGGGGCUUAGGGGCCACCUAUGGCUACGCGCGCGCCGAGGUGGUGGGCGCGCUCAGCAACGCCGUCUUCCUCACAGCGCUCUGCUUCACCAUCUUCGUGGAGGCCGUGCUGCGCCUGGCCAGGCCCGAGCGCAUCGAUGACCCCGAGCUGGUGCUCAUCGUCGGCACCCUGGGGCUGGCAGUCAACGUGGUGGGGCUGCUCAUCUUCCAGGAUUGCGCCUCCUGGUUCUCCUGCUGCAUCCCGGGCCGCCGCCGCCGCCCCCUGCAGCAGCCGCAGCCGCUGGACCAGGGCCCCACUCGCGCUUUUGGGGGAACCCAGGGCGCGGAGGGCCAGCAGUACAUUGCAACCCCCGUAACCCUCGGCUCGGACUCAGCUGUGACCCUGCGGGGGUCCUCGGUGGAAAGAAAGCAGAAGGGGGCCACCGUAUUCUCAAAUGUAGCAGGUGACUCCCUGACCACCCAGAAUGAGCCUGAAGAGACUACAAAAAAGGAGAAAAAGUCUGAAGCCCUGAAUAUCAGAGGUGUUCUUUUACAUGUGAUGGGAGAUGCUUUGGGGUCUGUGAUUGUGGUCAUCACGGCCAUCAUAUUCUAUGUGCGUCCCCUGAAAGAUGAAGACCCAUGUAACUGGCAGUGUUAUAUUGACCCCAGCCUGACUGUUGUCAUGGUCAUCAUUAUUUUGUCAUCUGCCUUUCCACUCAUCAAGGAGACUGCUACCAUUCUGCUGCAGAUGGUCCCCAAGGGAGUCAACAUGGAAGAGCUGAUGAGUAAACUCUCUACCGUGCCUGGAAUCAGUAGCGUGCAUGAGGUGCACAUCUGGGAACUUGUAAGUGGAAAGGUCAUCGCCACCUUGCACAUCAAAUACCAGAAGGACACGGGGUAUCAGGAUAUCAGCACAAAAAUUCGAGAAAUCUUCCACAAUGCUGGAAUCCACAGUGUGACCAUCCAGUUUGAGAGAGUGGACCUGAAGGAAGCCCUGGAGCAGAGGGACUUAGCUCUGCUCUGCAGCAAUCCCUGCAUCUUCCCCAGCUGUGCUAAACAGCUGUGCUGUCCCCCUGGGGCACUGCCACUGGCUCAUGUCAAUGGCUGUGCUGAGCACAAUGGCUGUCCCCCUCUGGAGACCUACCAAAGUAAAAGUGACAUCACAGAGGUGGCCAUCGACAUGUUUGUGGAUGGCAGUUUGACUGACCAUGGCCAAACGCUUACCAAAACUCAGAAGGAACAAUGCGAAAACAGUACAUAUUUUUAA